GUGUUACCUUUUUGUUUGGAACAUCUUCCUCCAGGUCGAUCUCUCCGUCCCCGUCCUCAAAUGUUACUUUCCUCUUCGGCAUGCUGCUGCAGGAGAGGACCCGAGGUCUCCUGUGUGACACAGCAGGUUCUGUGGUGUUGGGAUGAAGCUCCAUGAGAAGAUUCUGAUGCAUUACCUCUCAUGCACGUCUCCAGUAGAUAAAGAAGGUUAUCUCUAUAAAAAGAAAGAGAGAACUGCAACGUACCAUCGGCGCUGGUUUGUCCUGAAAGCAAACCUGCUUUUCUACCAGGAGCGCCCGGCUGACAGACACCUACUGGGCGUCAUUGUUCUGGAGGGGUGCUCAGUGAGGCGCUCGGAGUCUGAUGGACAGUUUGCCUUCUCACUGGUGUUUGAAGGACCCGGUUUGAGGACCUACAGAUUUUCUGCAGGGGAUCAUCCCGCUCUGGAGAGCUGGCUUAAAGCUUUACUGUCAGCCAAUCACUGCUACCUCUCUUUGCUGAUGAGAGACCUGCAGAGGCAGUAUGAAGAAGCUAAACAGCAACAAGACUCAGGUGAACCCCAUCACAGAUCCUCCCUCAGCGCCCUCAAACAGUCCCAGUUCUUCGUCCCCGUGCAGGGAUCAUCAGCAGCGCUCGGCGAGGGGAGAAGCUUCAACACGACUUCAGGACCUUCUAAAGUGGUCACCAAAAAGUCCCCCAAACUCUGGCACAGGAGGAACGCUCACGUCACACCGCUCAAUGGACCUGCACCUCUGUACGGAGAAUGGCCUCUGGUGGGCUUCGAUCCUCUGGAGGAUUUCAGCAAACUUCAUGAUUAUUACGGACAGGAAGUGAAGAGAGCCAGAGAGGAAUGGCUGAGGAGUCGACGAGCACAGGAGGAGGAGAAGCACAGCGGGGGAGACCUCAUCGACCUGGAGUGAGGAAGUGAGACGGAGCGGUUUAUUUGUGCUGAAAAGGAACUGAACCUGAAGUGUUGCUAAUUAUACUGUAACUAGGAGAACACACUGACGCCUGUAAAUGUGCUAAAUGUUUCAAAUGAUUCGCUUCAAUCAUUUCUAUGUUACAUUUUACAGAAAGAUGAAUUCACUGAGCUUUGGCAGCCUUAAAGUGUCCAUGGGAGGAGAUGGGAUUUCUACCUUUUGGACAGCAAACAGCGUUCUGAGCCUUCUUUCACAGCGUUCAAUGAAUGUAAUCCACAACAUGACCAGUGUUUUUUUUCUAUUCACUUUGUUACUUGUCCCAGUAAGCUGUGAUGUUGUUGUAAGACUGAGCCAGCAUGCACUUACCCACAAACUGAAGCAGCUACGAUGGAAUUAAGCCAUAAUGAGUUUCAUUACACCCGUCUGUCUGACUCGUG